AUGCCUAAAUCGCCCAGGAAGCGGCUCUUCCACCUCCUGUACCUGGUCAGCACCCUAGCGGCGGGGACAGGUGACCAGUCGCUGUCCACCGUGGUGGCUCUCGGUGCGAACAUCAUCUGUAACCGGAUCCCGGGGCUGGUGCCGCGGCAGCGCGCCAUCUGCCAGACCCGCCCCGACCUGAUCGUCGCCAUCGGGGAGGGCGCGCAGAUGGGCAUCGACGAGUGCCGCUACCAGUUCCGCCACUCCCGCUGGAACUGCACCGGCAUGGACAACGACAACGUGUUCGGGAGGGAACUCAGGAUAGGAAGCAAGGAAGCUGCCUUUACCUACGCCAUCAGCUCGGCGGCGCUGGUGCACGCUAUCGUCACAGCCUGCAGCCAGGGGAACAUCUCCGACUGCGGCUGUGACCGUACGAAGGAGGGCGACCUGAACGACGAGGGUUGGAAGUGGGGCGGCUGCUCCGCCGACGUCAAGUACGGGCUGCGCUUCUGCCAGAAGUUCGUGGACGCCCGCGAAGUGGAGCAGAACGCGCGCGCUCUGAUGAACCUCCACAACAAUGAGGCUGGUAGGAAGGUGAUUGACCAACACACACGUCUGGAGUGUAAGUGUCACGGGGUUUCAGGCUCCUGCACCAUGAAGACAUGUUGGAUUACCCUCCCACGCUUCCGAGAGGUCGGCAACAUCCUCAAGGAGAAGUACCACCACGAUGCUCAGCUCGUGGAGGCCGUCCGCGCCAGGCGCACGCGCAGGCCGACGUUCCUGAAACUGAAAAAUUCUCGGACAUUCGAGAAACCUCGCGAGAUUUCCCUCGUGUACCUGCGCGGGUCACCGAACUAUUGCGAGCGUGACGAGGAGACAGGGUCGCUGGGAACUCACGGGCGGAGGUGCAACCGGACGAGCCCGUAUCAGGACGGGUGUGACCUGAUGUGCUGCGGGAGGGGCUACAACACGCACCAGUUCGUCAAGACGUGGCAAUGUAACUGUAAGUUCCACUGGUGCUGUUACGUCAAGUGCAACCAGUGCAGUGAGCGGACCGAGGAGUACACCUGCAAAUGAUCAUGACGUCAACACUAGAAAUCAUGACGUCAAACCACAAAUCAUGACGUCACACUACAAAUGAUGAUGUCUACACUAAAGAUCAUGACGUCUUCACAACAAAUGAUGACGUCAUUUUUGACCAGACCAAACGUUAUAAAUAAAAUGGUCACCUUCACAGAACAAUCAUAUGUUGACAAGAAAAGUGGACGUGAUCGCCAAAAGUUAAAACAGUGUACAGUGAAGCGACGAUAUGGAUGUAAUAUAGCUUCCUACUAUGAUGGAUGUAAUUCCAGUGGUGAGAAUGAACGCGUAUUUCUGUGCGGUUGAAUCCAAUGGAUGUUAUUUUGUAUAUAGACGAAGAUGUGUGUGAAGUUUCGAAGGGUUAUACUUUGGAGAUGGAGUCUCUGGAAAGAAGCUCCGCGACUUUGACUUUUAAAGUGAAUCUCAGCAAUAUAGCCAUUCAAUACGUGCGACAUGUUGAAACAUUUUUUUCCUUUACAGAGUUAGUAAUGGCUUAAUUAGUUUUCUAAGGCUAUGGAAAGGAAGAAAACUGUCUUUUCAC